UAUUUAUUAACCUAAGUAAUUUACGCAGUUCAUCAAUCUAAUAUUUUUAAAUAAAACAUCUGUUUUUUUAUAUCAAAUUCACAUUUUCUAUAAAUAUGACUUUAAAAUAUAUGACAGGAUUUGAUAAUGAAUUCGCAUCUGAAGCUGAGGGUUAUGAAGGUGCACUACCAAUUGGACAAAAUAAUCCGCAAAAAGUUAAAUUCGGACUGUAUGCAGAACAAUUAUCGGGGACUGCUUUUACCAUUUACCCUAGAGCUGCUAAUAAGAGAAGUUGGUUAUACCGCAUUAAACCAUCUGUUGUGCACGAGCCUUUUACUCCUUUGGAAAUGCCGGAUUUGUGCUUGAAUUGGAACGAUAAUACAAAAACACCUCCCAAUCAAUUAAGAUGGGAACCCUUCGAUUUACCUGCAAACGAUAAAAAGGUAGAUUUUAUACAAGGACUUAGAACUCUUUGCGGGUGCGGUGAUCCAUGUAUGAGAAAUGGAAUCAACAUUUACAUAUAUUCGGCCAACCAAUCGAUGAUUAAUAAAGCCUUUUACAAUUCAGACGGCGACUUUUUGAUAGUACCUCAAAUCGGAACGCUGAAAAUUACAACGGAAUUCGGCAAGAUGGUGAUCUCACCAGGCCAGAUUUGUGUCGUUCAGCAAGGUAUGAGAUUCAGUAUCGAUAUAACCGAAUCUUCGAGGGGUUAUAUCCUAGAAACUUUCAAUCGUCAUUUUGAACUGCCUUACUUAGGACCUAUCGGUGCCAAUGGUCAGGCUAAUCCUAGGGAUUUUGAAACGCCUGUCGCUGCUUUCGCUCACGUAAUCGAAGAGGCGGAUUAUGCUAUUGUUAACAAAUUUCAAAACUCAUUCUACGUUUGUAAACAAAACCAUUCUCCUUUCAAUGUGGUGGCUUGGCACGGGAACUAUGUUCCUUAUAGAUACGAUCUUUCCAAGUUUUGUCCAGUUAAUGCGGUAUCUUUUGACCACUCGGACCCAAGUAUAUUCACCGUUUUAACCUGCCCUUCUAAUCAGACCGGCGUUGCUAUAGCUGAUUUUGUUAUCUUUCCUCCCCGAUGGAUAGUAACCGAACAUACCUUUAGACCUCCUUAUUUUCACAGAAAUUGCAUGUCCGAGUUUAUGGGUCUUAUAAGUGGGAAUUACGAAGCGAAGCAGGCGGGCUCCUUCAAACCUGGCGGCGCUUCGCUUCACAGCUGCAUGACGCCACACGGACCAGAUCUGGAUUGUUUUAUUAAAUCUUCCGAUGGCCCACUGCCGCCUUUAAAAAUGGCCACUGAUUCUAUUGCUUUCAUGUUUGAAACGUGCCUGAGUCUUAAAGUGAGUAAAUGGGGGCUUGAAACUUGUAACAAAUUGGACCCUUUCUAUUACAAAUGCUGGAAGGAUCUGCCUGACUUAUUCAAAGAUCUUGGAAAGAUUUAGGAAUACUUCUUUUUUUAUUGAAUAGAAUUAUUGAUUACAAAAUUAUAAUCAUUAUUUAAAAUUUAUUUUUUAAAAUGUGGCAACAACCAACCCUAUGUGCAAUUAUAUAUAAUAUAUACAAUUGGAUAAUUUUUUUGGUUCAACCAUAAAAGUGUAUAAUGACCAUUUGACUUCCAUUUAUUUUACUUUAAUUUUUAAAAUUGUAAAUUAUCUUAAAGUUUUAUCAUACUUAUCCAUGUAUCAAGAAAACAAUUCGCAAUAAUAUUCUUAAAUUACACAAAGAUAAAUUAUAAUUUUAUUAAAUAUUAUAUAUUUUUUUAUAAAGAAAAGAAGCUUUAAUCAUAUUUUUUUUAUCCCUUUUAUAAUUUAAGUUAUAGAUCAUAUUCUUAUUUUCUCUUUAUUCAAUCGGUUAAAUAUAAUUUAACCAAUAUUGUUAUUUUUGUCAAAAAAAUACCUUUUUUAAUUUAAAUAUACAAUCGAAUUUCUUAAACGAAGAACAACUUCAUUUAUCUAGAAAAUAAAUGGCUCGAAUGUGAAAACACCUCUUUUGCCUUAAUCUAAAUCACUCCGUAGGAUAUCAUUUUGAUCAAUAUAUAAAUUUUUUUUGAUAUCAAUGGCAUUUUGAUUAAGGUAAACGUUCUUCGAACAAAAGAAAGGAUAAAAUCUAUCAACAGGCCUAAAUUU